AUGAAGGUACUCAACAGUCUGGCGACAGACAUCUUGGCGAGGCAUGUGGACGACUGCUCCACCAACGUAAAUGCGUUCUGCAGUAUAGACGAGACUGGGGCCCGCCGGCUGACACAGCUCAGUCUUGGAGAGAAGGAGCAGAUGUUCCUGGAGGCCCUGUCGUCGUUCUACUUUGAGGGCAAGCCCAAGCUCAGCGACCAGGAGUUUGAUCUGCUGAAGGAGGAGCUCCUCUGGAACGGCAGCAAGGUUGCCGUGCUGAGCUCCGACGAGAUCCGCUUCAUCGAGGCCCAGAAGGCGUACCGCUCGGGCAAGCCCCUCCUGUCGGACGAUGAGUUCGACGCGCUGCGCGGCCGCCUGCGCCGCAACGCCAGCCUGGUGACCGCCCAGGGCCCACGCUGCAGCCUGCGCAGCCAGGCCAUGUACAGCGACGCGGAGGUGGCCUACGGCCGCAUGCUGGCCCUCAACGUGCCCGCCACCCUGGCCGUACUGGUUGGCGUCUUUCUCCUGGACGACCUCACCGGCUUCAAGCUUACCGGGCUGCUGGAGCUGCCCGCGCCCUGGGGCAUCAUCCUGACCUGGGCCGUGGCUCUGCCCAGCAUCUACCUGGUGGUGGACAAGAUCACCAGCAUCGCCUUCAAGGACGCGCUAGUGCUAGUCGCGCCCUGCCCCAACUGCGGCACCACGACCACCACCUACUUUGGGGACAUCCUGACGGUGCCCGGGAACCGCAAGCAGAACGAUGUGCAGUGCAGGGAGUGCAAAUCCAACAUCACCUUCAACGCCGAGAAAAGACAGGUGGAUGUGGACGACUGCUCCACCAACGUAAAUGCGUUCUGCAGUAUAGACGAGACUGGGGCCCGCCGGCUGACACAGCUCAGUCUUGGAGAGAAGGAGCAGAUGUUCCUGGAGGCCCUGUCGUCGUUCUACUUUGAGGGCAAGCCCAAGCUCAGCGACCAGGAGUUUGAUCUGCUGAAGGAGGAGCUCCUCUGGAACGGCAGCAAGGUUGCCGUGCUGAGCUCCGACGAGAUCCGCUUCAUCGAGGCCCAGAAGGCGUACCGCUCGGGCAAGCCCCUCCUGUCGGACGAUGAGUUCGACGCGCUGCGCGGCCGCCUGCGCCGCAACGCCAGCCUGGUGACCGCCCAGGGCCCACGCUGCAGCCUGCGCAGCCAGGCCAUGUACAGCGACGCGGAGGUGGCCUACGGCCGCAUGCUGGCCCUCAACGUGCCCGCCACCCUGGCCGUGCUGGUUAGCGUUUUUCUCCUGGACGACCUCACCGGCUUCAAGCUUACCGGGCUGCUGGAGCUGCCCGCGCCCUGGGGCAUCAUCCUGACCUGGGCCGUGGCUCUGCCCAGCAUCUACCUGGUGGUGGACAAGAUCACCAGCAUCGCCUUCAAGGACGCGCUAGUGCUAGUCGCGCCCUGCCCCAACUGCGGCACCACGACCACCACCUACUUUGGGGACAUCCUGACGGUGCCCGGGAACCGCAAGCAGAACGAUGUGCAGUGCAGGGAGUGCAAAUCCAACAUCACCUUCAACGCCGAGAAAAGACAGGCGGUGGUGACAAACCUGCCCUCGUCUGGUGACGGCAAGGACAGCAAGUCGGGUGGGCCCAAGAAGCCAUCAGACAGACCCGUUCCGGCCAAGGCCUGA